AUGGUGAAUUGGCAAACGUUGUUCAUGGUCUCGCUGAGGAGGCAGGGCAGUUCCUCUCGUUACAAGUACAAGUUUAAUAUGGAAGAUAUUACACAUCGGGUGUUCCCUCGUUGUAAACAGGCCUUUAAGAAGACGAAUCUAAAGUAUGAAUAUUGCGAUAUUGGCGGGUCACUGUAUAACAUUUCGCUUAUGAGCCUACAGAAACUGCUACUACGAGAUAUAAAUGCGGCCGAUGGCAAUGCAUUUAAGAUUGUUAGAACGGAUUUGGUCGAGAAAAAGUCCAAUAAUAGAAUUCAACAUUGGGAGCAAAUUGCACCUAUGUUCGAUCAUCCGCUAAGUCUUUAUGAAAUUUCAUUAAGCGAGAUGAAUAAGGAAGAGUUUAGGCCAUCGUUUGAGUGGCAACAAUUAAUAAAGGUACGAUCCCCGGAUGAAAAGUUUAAGUUGGAACGUGUGAUCUGGCCCAAAUCUGUAUUUUCUAACUUCUGUAGAGGAAUAGGCGUCAGGGAAAACACUUAUGAUAGACUCUUGAAACAAAAUAAUGGAGAGCUGCCUGUGUUUGUUAACCCUGCUAAUGCAAAACCUCUACCUCUUUUCAAGGUUACUGAUGAAACAGCAAUUGGUGAAUUCGAUGGUAUUGGUAUUUUCCCCUACUUUGUAGAUGCACACAAGACGUUUUUCGUUACCGAGAUAGAUAAACUGAAAGCAAAGAUAGCAUCACCGCUCUGUAACUCCAAUGAACGAAAACGGAAUGAGAAGGCUAACACGGGUCGUCUACUAGAAAAUGAAAAGGGCAAACCGUUUUAUCUGGACGCAAAGAAUGUCACAAGUCGGGUGGCAGAUGGCAACAUCACCACUUUGAAACAUCUCCUGGAAAGGUCCGUUAGUCACAAAACCCUGUGGAGCAAGCAAUCAACCAAGGACAGAACAUGUCCCGGAGAUGUUUUGAGAUCGACAGUGUUAUCGAACGAUUUUUCUAUUCGGCAACUGAGAAAUGAGUUCUGUAAAAAUUUCAUUCUCUACAAUAUAUAUACCAUUUUACAACGCAAUAAAAAAAAUACCCGUGACCUCACUCCUGAGACUAAUAUAACGAACUUCCAUUUUGAUUGGAAGGUUUGGGAUUCGUACAUAUGGAAGCAGUUUCAAGAGACCGAGUCCAUGGAAAUACCCGUGGAUCAAGUAUCCCUGGUCAACUAUAGGGUAAAGUACGAUCUGUUUCUCGAGGAUCUACAAACCUAUUCCACAUUGGUGAUUGCGGAGAUGAAAUGGAACCAAUCUUCCAUUUUCCAGAAUGAUGAAGCCUUCCUAUCAAGGUUUGAACAUAUUGCAUUAGUUUUGCAAACAAUCCUGACAAAAUCUCGAAUAAUAAAAACUUUCCAACCAAACUUGUACAAGUUUAUGCAAGAUGACUUGCAAUCAACGUUUUUUGAAUCAGUAAGUUUCACCGACUCAAUAAAUGCGACGAUCGAGCCCACUUUUGCUAACGAGCAGUCGUUGCAAUCGGCCAAUGCGUUAAAAAAGUUCGCUAACCAGCUAUUAUAUUUUGAACAAAAAAUAUACGCCGAGAAAUUCCAUGUCAGUAGACCCAUCCAGCUUCGUCCGUUAACGUUAUCAGAUAACUACAAGAUUGUAAUCCUGGAUAAACAAAAUGCCAUGCCCGAAAUAUUUGAGACGUUACUGAAAUUCAUGACCCAAAUAAAAACAUAUUUUGUGAAAGAUUUAGCGGAGGUGGAGCUCCAUGGUCAUAUGCAUUGCAUUGAUAAAAAAAUGCUAGACAAGUCAACGUUCAUGUAUUUGUACGAAUUGAAAUACAAUGAAACUCUCAAAACGACCCCUCUCCCACAGGAGAAAAUCGUAGAUAAUAUCAUUGACUUAUUAUCAAAUGAUACAGAAAGUUGA